UUCUUGUACUAAACACACCACCCCGGCGACCCUCCGAGCUAAUGAUUUCAUUGACCCCUCCCACGCGGAGCCACCCUGGCUAUUUAAGAAGACUCUGAUGGGAGAUAAGCGAGCUACAACGGAAGCAAACAGAGGCUGCUCUGGGGGAGAGGCUGAGCCAAGAAGGGGAGGAGGAUGAUGCCCUUCUCCAGCUCCGGGUCGGAGGAAGCCUUCGACUACUUGUUCAAGAUCAUCCUGAUCGGAGACUCCAACGUGGGGAAGACCUGCGUGGUGCAUCGCUUCAAGUCGGGGCAGUACCACGAGAAGCAGCAGAACACCAUCGGGGUGGACUUCACCGUGCGCUCGCUGGAGAUCGAUGGCAAGAAGGUGAAGAUCCAGGUGUGGGACACAGCGGGCCAGGAGCGCUUCCGGACAAUAACUCAGAGUUACUAUCGCAGUGCCCAUGGUGCCAUCCUUGCCUAUGACCUUACCAGGAGGUCCACAUUUGAAUCUAUUCCUCAUUGGAUUAAUGAAAUUGAAAAAUAUGGAGCUGCUAACUUAGUCCUGAUGUUAAUUGGGAACAAAUCAGAUGUAGCAGAGAACCGCCAGGUCCUUUUUGAAGAUGCCUGUACACUGGCAGAGAAGCAUGGGCUAUUGGCUGUACUGGAGACUUCAGCCAAAGAGGCCCAGAAUGUAGAUGAGGUGUUUACAUUGAUGGCAAAGGAGCUGAUAGCCCGCAAUACCUUGCAGCUUCAUGGGGGGCAUCCUCCAAACAGCAUCUAUCUGGACUCCAGGCCAGUGAUUGUCAGUCCAAGUGCAGAGAAGUCCCAGUGCUCUUGCUGACGAGAUGUCUCAAUCAUAAGAGCUGUGAAGGUGUGGCUGAUGAUUUCAUAUGUUUCCUGUUUGGCCUCAAACCAUCAUUCUAAUGUAUCACUGCCUUGCUGUUUUGACCUGUAACUCUCUCCAGGAGAUAGGUGUUGCAAUGGUCAAAAGUGCUGGAUUGCCUUGAACAUGGCAGCUGUUGGUACUUAAGCGAAGACUUUGAGCUGAGAGGAGAAGACUAGGCACUGCUAGCCUGAAAAGAACUGUGAAGACUCUUACUCCUAAAUGGAAGCAACUGCCUUUGAAUAGACUCUCUAAAUAGUCUUCUGGCUGUGCCAGAGGCUGACUGUAACCAGGUUUUGUGCUGACUGUUUCCUUUAGGAUACACAACCUGCUGUAGGUCAAAUUCUUUGGUCUUCAUAAAUAGCUUUACAAUGUGUGACACGUGUACUUAAACUUUUUUGUUCAUGGCUGUUUGGCUUGCAGUACUCCAGUGUUCAGAUCUCCAUUCAGGGAGAUGCUGAUGGCAGGUCUGUGGCAGAUACAGUGCCAUAACUUACUACUGGUAUUGUGAUCAAGUAGACAAUGCUGCCACAUCUAUCUUCCUCCCUUUGCCAGACAACUUAGCCUCCAUCCCUAUUGCUUGCAUAACAGCCAGAAUAAUUUGACUGGUAUGCCAGUGGGUCUAGGGGUACCCCUAAGACUUUUUCCCCCAACUUCAAUGGGUGAGAAGAGCUGCCUUCAGUCGUCGUCUUUGGUCUUUCUGCUGACAUUGAAUAGUACCAGGGCCACUUUUUGGUGGUUGCUGCUGUUGUGAUACAGACUCGCUAGUGAAGCCCCUUCCAAGCCACUAGUAAUGGCCAGAAUUCAAAUUAGAGAUGAAAGACUCCCUAUUAUUUCUUACUAAUCCCUUGCUUAAACUGAAGGGAUGAUUUUUAGUCAAAAGCCUAUCUAAAACAGUUGCUGGUCAGGUUGUGGAAAUGACACCAUAGUUUAGUCUUAAACUCAAAGAUAGCUUUCAGGCUUCUGUACAGCUGCUUAGAAUGGCUCACUAAGUAAUUGAUUUUCAGCAAUGAAGCAGGAUAGGGAUGCCCUUAGUACUGCUACUGGAUUGCAUUUUUCAGUAAGACAUUGCCUAGCUUUUGGUGGCCGCAAUACUGGUUUCAAUCAAACUUUUGUAUUGUGAAGCUUCUCUUCAGCAAGGGGGUAUGUGUUUCCUGUCAUGACCUUUCAAAAGUAUGCUCUGCAAAUUGAUUGUAGUUUUCUCUGUAAACUCAGAAUUUCUUCACUGCUUUGGGAGAUUUCUAAUGAGAAAUUUGAAGGGAGAGCUGCUAAAAUGGUCAGCUGUGUUAACAGUGGACACAUUUCUACCAUUCCUGACAAAGAAGCUUCUGCUAGCAUAGGUCUCCUACUCAGUUUAUUGGAAGACUCCAGGAAACUGUUCCUUUAACCCCAUAAUUUCUAACUAGGGGUUGGGGAAAGUGAAACAAUACCAGUUUAACCCUUUCUGAGAAGAUUGCCCAAGGGAUACUCAAAGCAUGGCCCUAAAAAACCUUGCCUGUGUCCCUCUGUACUCUACUCAAAUGCCUCUUUAGUUAUGCUGUCACUGGUGAAUUACAAGCUAGAAUUAAAUACAGACCUAGUCAUAAUGCACAGGAGCCCAAGAAUUAGGUGUCAGGUUUGGUAAACUGCCUUUGGUAUCUUAAGGUUCACAUUUUCUUCUCUGCUUUUGAAUAACAGGUGGCAGAAUCUCUCCUUUCUGAAAAGGCUUGUCUGAUCAAGCACAAAGAAUGUUAAACACUGACUUUUGGAUUGAAGGCUUGUGGUUUGGGCAUAUAUUUAAACACAAUGAAACUUCCUCUGGCCCAGUUUCUUCUCGUGUGUGUUAAACAUAGCUGUUAACAUGCCUAAUAUUAGCCACCGGGCUGCUCUAUGAACUAAGAGCUGAAGUAAUGGGGGAUUCCCACUACUGGCUACAGACAGAGCACUCACAUUUACCACCUGCUAUUUAGCCUACAUUUACCUUGUCAGCCUAAUACUUGUCUGCAUAAUUCUAUUCCCCCUGGCUGCGUAGACCUAAUGGAAAGUUAUAGCCUAUGUUGGUUGUCAUUAGUUACACCAAAUAUGCUCCUUCAAUCAGCCUAUCCAGCCCCUUUAUUCAUGUAUUCCUCUUUACCAUUCAACUUCUUGGGGACUAGGAUUGAAUGCAGACUUAGUUGAACAGAGAGGUAGUGCUGCUCCCUCUGCUGUAAUGUGGUGUUUUAACAAUCCAAAAAUCACUCGCGUUUUUGGGCUGGUACGGUGAUUUGAUGCUCACUCAUCUGACAUUACUUAACAGUGUAAAGGCAGGGGCUGUAGGGGUUUUGUUGUUUAAAUUAAAGCAUUCCCCCCAUGCUCUGCAUGCAAACCAAGUCCCACUUAUGUGAGAGUCCAUUUACAUCUUUGUGCAACUUUCCCUCCUAAAACAGCCUUAAUCAAAUAAAAACAACCAAAAACCAUUUA